AUGUCACAACCUGCAGCAGCGACAGUGGUACAACCGACAGUGGUGGAAGAAAAAGUUACUGUACCUUCGUUGCUCAAGCCUUUUAUGAAUCCAGGAAGCUAUGAAGAGCUCCACCGAAAAGCCAGAGAUGUCUUUCCGACCUGCUUUGAAGGUGCCAAAGUUAUGGUCAGCAAAGGAUUAAGUUCUCACUUCCAGGUAAUCAGCCACUAUAUAUUUGACUUGGACUUUUUGACUUGGAUUGAUUUUUCUUUUUCUGUCGUUCGCUUUUAAUC